AUGGCAACGCAGAGAAACAACUACAGAGAUCAUCAAGAAAAAUCGCAAGAAUACGACGAUAAAAUAUUGUAUGCCGCAGAAAAUGAAGAGGAGGAGAAGAAAGACACGGAUGAAGUCAAAGAAGACCAAAUAGAAAUAGAAUCCGUAGAGAAGAUCUUUGAAGGUGUAGAGGUUCCAUCAUGGCAGAAUCAACUGACUAUGAGAGCCUUUGUGGCGAGUCUUAUACUGGCGGUGUUAUUCACCUUUAUAGUGACGAAGUUGAAUCUCACAACUGGUAUUAUUCCAUCCCUCAAUGUCUCUGCGGGCCUUUUGGGUUUUUUCUUCGUGAAGACUUGGACUAAGUUUCUUGAGAAGUCUGGUCUCCUAAAACAACCUUUUACCAGGCAAGAGAACACCGUUAUUCAGACCUGCGUUGUUGCCUCCUCCGGCAUUGCUUUUAGUGGUGGCUUUAGUAGUUAUCUAUUUGCAAUGAGCGAAACCGUGGCCAAACAAUCAUCACAAGCCAAUACUCCAGCCGAUAUAAAAAAUCCAUCGCUGGCGUGGAUGAUUGGUUUUAUUUUUGUAGUUAGCUUUCUUGGCCUUUUUUCGGUCGUGCCUCUUCGAAAGGUCUUCAUAGCCAUAGCUAUGAUCCUUGGUGAUGGAGUCUACAACUUCUUCAAGGUUCUUGGUCGCACUCUAUACGCUUUGUCCCUCCAAUUCUUCAAAAAAGAUUCAGGCACCGUUCUCCCAGUCGGCAAUAAGCCAUCCUCUGAAGAUUCUUUAUCUCUAUCUUAUGAUGAUCAACGACGAAUCCAAUUAUUUCUUAAAGACCAAAUCCCAGCAUGGUUUGCCAUUGCUGGCUAUUUGACUGUUGCAGUUAUCUCCUUAAUCGUUGUUCCUCUUAUUUUCCGCCAGCUCAAGUGGUACUACAUUGUGGUUAUUUACGUAAUAGCACCGGUACUAGCCUUCUGCAAUGCUUAUGGUUGUGGGCUAACUGACUGGUCCUUGGCAUCCACGUAUGGAAAGUUAGCCAUCUUCACAAUUGGUACAUGGGCAGGGUCAGCUCAUGGUGGAGUUAUUGCAGGUUUAGCAGCAUGUGGGGUGAUGAUGAACAUCGUAUCAACAGCAUCGGAUCUCAUGCAGGACUUUAAGACUGGUUACUUGACAUUGGCUUCGCCGAGCGCAAUGUUUGUGAGCCAAUUUAUUGGAACUGCGAUGGGUUGUGUCAUUUCCCCUUGUGUUUUCUGGCUCUUCUAUAAAGCUUUCGAUAACUUUGGGGUUCCUGGUUCACAAUAUCCAGCUCCUUUCGCUCUUGUUUAUCGAAAUAUGUCAAUAUUGGGAGUUGAGGGCUUCUCUGCUUUACCAAAGCACUGCCUCACACUCUGCUAUGUAUUCUUCUUUGGGGCAAUAGUUAUCAACGCAAUUAGAGAUUUAGUGGGAAAGAAAAAGGCUAGGUUUAUCCCUCUUCCCAUGGCUAUGGCCAUACCCUUCUACCUUGGAGGAUACUUUGCUAUUGAUAUGUGCGUUGGUAGCUUGAUACUAUUUGUAUGGCGGAAGGUAAACAAGGCACAGGCUGAUGCAUUUGGAUCUGCUGUUGCUUCUGGAUUGAUUUGUGGUGAUGGGAUAUGGAGCUUGCCAAGUUCUGUACUUGCUUUGGCAGGUGUUCAACCACCAAUUUGCAUGAAGUUUCUGACUAGCAAAACAAAUGCAAAGGUCGAUGCUUUCUUAAGUUCUUAA